AUGCAAAUUGAGCAGCCGGAGGGAACGUGCAGCUGAUACCGGGCCGGGGCUGCGGCGGUUAGUCCUCUCUCGGCCGCCGUCGCCUCCGACAUAUUGCCCGCAGGAGCUGCGGCGGGGAGCGGAGAGCGCCGGGGGAAGGAGAUGGGAGGACGAAGAGGUCCCAACAGGACAUCUUACUAUCGAAACCCGCUCUGUGAGCCAGGAUCAUCAGGAGCCUCUGGUGGAGGCCACUCUUCUAGUGCAUCAGUGAGCAGCGUCCGUUCUCGAAGCAGGACCACUUCUGGGACGGGACUCUCCAGCCCUCCGCUGGCCGCCCAGACUGUCGUGCCUCUACAGCACUGCAAGAUCCCCGAGCUGCCGGUCCAGGCCAGCAUUCUGUUUGAGCUCCAGCUCUUCUUCUGUCAGCUCAUAGCCCUGUUUGUGCACUACAUCAACAUCUAUAAGACAGUCUGGUGGUAUCCACCCUCACACCCACCUUCCCACACCUCCCUGAACUUCCACCUGAUCGACUUCAACCUGCUGAUGGUGACCACCAUUGUUCUGGGCCGCCGCUUCAUUGGGUCCAUCGUGAAGGAGGCUUCUCAGAGGGGGAAGGUCUCCCUCUUCCGCUCCAUCCUGCUGUUCCUCACCCGCUUCACGGUGCUCACGGCCACAGGCUGGAGUCUGUGCCGGGCCAUCAUCCACCUCCUGAGGACCUACUCCUUUCUGAACCUCCUGUUCCUCUGCUACCCGUUUGGGAUGUACAUUCCGUUCCUGCAGCUGAACUAUGACCUUCGCAAGACAAAUCUCUUCACCCACGUGGCUUCCAUGGGACCCCGAGAGGCAGUCAGUGGCCUGGCAAGGAGUCGGGACUACUUUCUGACACUGCGGGAGACUUGGAAGCAACAUACCCGACAGUUAUAUGGCCCGGAAGCCAUGCCCACCCACGCCUGCUGCUUGUCACCCAGCCUCAUUCGCAAUGAAGUUGAGUUCCUCAAAAUGGACUUCAAUUGGCGAAUGAAGGAAGUCCUUGUCAGUUCCAUGCUGAGUGCCUAUUAUGUGGCCUUUGUACCUGUUUGGUUUGUGAAGAAUACGCAUUAUUAUGACAAGCGUUGGUCCUGUGAGCUCUUCCUGCUGGUGUCCAUCAGUACAUCUGUGAUCCUCAUGCAGCAGCUGCUUCCUGCCAGCUACUGUGACCUGCUGCACAAGGCUGCCGCCCACCUGGGCUGCUGGCAGAAGGUGGACCCGGCCCUGUGCUCCAAUGUGCUGCAGCACCCGUGGACUGAAGAGUGCAUGUGGCCACAGGGUGUGCUGGUGAAGCACAGCAAGAACGUCUACAAAGCCGUGGGCCACUACAACGUGGCCAUCCCCUCGGAUGUCUCCCACUUCCGGUUCCACUUCUUUUUCAGCAACCCUCUGAGGAUCCUCAACAUCCUCCUGCUGCUGGAGGGCGCCGUCAUUGUCUACCAGCUGUACUCCUUAAUGUCCUCGGAGAAGUGGCACCAGACCAUCUCCCUGGCCCUCAUCCUCUUCAGCAACUACUAUGCCUUCUUCAAGCUUCUCCGGGACCGCCUGGUAUUGGGCAAAGCCUACUCUUACUCAGCCAGCCCGCAAAGGGACCUGGACCACCGGUUCUCCUGAAUCCCAGGGUGAUCCUCGAGUCAACAUCUGGGCCUCACCCAGGGGCUGGGAAAGGGGUGCAAAAAAACAAACAAACAAAAAAACAAAAAAACCCACCAGAGCUUUGUAUUUUUGUUACGUACUGUUUCUUUCUUUGAUAAUUGAUGUGAUAAGAAGAAAAAGUCUUAUUUUUAUACUCAGAACAAGCCUGUGUCCUGUGAUUCUUUCUCUUGUUCCUGCCUGUCAGGGUCAGAGGUAUGGGCUUGUGAACCAGCAAGCCCACAUGUGGUUUCUGUGGUACUCCUUCUCCAGCAGCUGGGGACACAGAUCCCAGAGGCCAUGGGGGCCGUGGUGGCCGUGGUGGCCGUGGUGGCCGUGGUGGCUGCUGCUAACUGAAUGCUGCUUGUGUACAGAUACUGCUGUGUGUACUACUCCAGGCCUUUGCAGCCCUAGGAGGACGUGUGCUGCGUCUGGUCACUCCCACAGUUGAGCUGGAACUUGGAGCUCUAGUGAUUUGCUCAUGGUAACAUGGCUGCAAAGUGGUAGAGCUGGCAGUAAAAAAAAAAAAAAUCCUUUAAAAGGUGGUGACACGAUUGUUCUAGAAGAUUCUCCCAGCAUGUAGUCACUGCCACCCUGCCCUGUACCAGAUGAUGGUGCCAGGCCAGGAUACUGCUACACUGGCCAGGGAGCACUGGCAAUAUGGGUCAUAGGGUCAAGUCACUUUGUACCAACCCUGACAAACCAAGUCCAUCCUUGGGACCAAUAUGUUGGAAGGGGAUAACUGACUCCUGUAAGUUGUCCUCUAGGCUCUCUACACACAUUAAAUAAAUGUGAGCUUUAAAUA